AUAAUAGAAAAAAAAUUAUAAAAGCAAUUCAAUUAAUAGAAAUUUCAUAUUUCCCAUGUUCAGUGCAUACUUUAUAUUUUAGUAUAUUAAAAGGUUUUAAUGCAGCUAAAGCAUUUAAAAAGUAUAUAACUAAUCUUAUUUUAUACUUUAAUGGUAGCUCUAAGCAAACUGAAAACCUUAAAGAUACACAACAUAAAUUAAACUAUUUAACAGUUUAUGAAGUUUUUUUAGAUGUUAUAACAAGGUAG